UUUAUUCUACAUUACCUGAAGUUGGGAUUUGGUCUGAAAUUGAGUGCUGCCGACAUCAAUACUUAGCAACCCAACCAAUCAUCAUGCCCGACCCCUGUCCAAAAAGGGCAAUCCUAUGCCGAUACCGAAGGGGCAUCCGACUCCGAAUCAAGUGCCACUUUUCGGCGUGGGAGAUUCAGUUCAUAGGCAUUUUAUAUAAAAGAGCAUCGAUGAAGACACCAAUGCCAAGUAGGAGAAGAAUGUCACCCAACUUGACUUGUCCACUUCAUUUCACUGCUUCACUCAUUACUCCCUCGCCAUGGCCGCAGACCAGCCUUCUGAAGGCCCCUUAGACCAUCAGUCACACCAUUCGCACUCCGGUCCCGUCGAAGGAAAACGCGAAAUGAGCUUGGAUAACAGCAUGGAAGAAACCAAAGAGCCGGCCGAUUUCCAACGAGGCUUUCGCUUCUGGGCCAUCAUCAUCGGCUUGGGCGUCACCACCCUUCUCGGAGCCUUCGAGAACACAGUCGUUACUACUUCCGCGCCGUUCAUCGUCUCCGAACUAGGGCUUGGGGCUGAUUAUAUCUGGAUCACGAACGCGUUCUUCGUUUGCAGCGCGGCGUUUCAACCCCUAUUCGGUCAGCUCUGUAAUGUCUUCGGGCGACGAUGGACGACUCUCGUUAUCGUGGCGAUCUUCACCCUCGGGAGCGGAAUAUGCGGUGGCGCUAACAGCGGUGCUAUGCUCAUUGCUGGUCGUGCGGUGCAAGGGCUCGGGUCUGGGGGCAUCAACAUGGUUUCAGAUAUUAUCAUAUCGGAUCUGGUUCCUCUGCGACAGCGUGGUAAUUACAUAGCCGUAAUCCUAGCUAUCUACGGCAUUGGCACCACAUUGGGUCCCUUCAUCGGCGGUUCGAUCGUGGAAGUGACCACUUGGAGAUGGGUCUUCUACAUGAAUCUCCCGGUCGGAGGCGUCUCCUUGGUCAUGCUAUACUUCUCUCUCCACGUCAACUACAGCAAGGAAAUGUCGUUCAUGCAGAAGCUGAAGCGCCUUGACUUGGUGGGGAACGGCAUCUUGAUGGCGUCGACGGUUGCUAUCCUGUGGGCCCUGACGGUUGGUGGAGUACAAUAUCCAUGGGGUUCGUGGAACGUCCUAGUACCCCUUAUCCUUGGUAUUUUUGGCUUUGGGCUCUUCGGAAUAUAUGAGAAAUGGGGAUGGUCGGCCGAGCCCGUGAUGCCGCCGCGGCUGUUUAAUAAUCGCACUUCGGUCAUCGUGAGCAUCAACACAUUCCUCAACUCUGCUCUGCUCUACUGGAUCGUUUAUUUCAUGCCCGUAUACUUCCAAGCAGUAAAACGCUACAGCCCAUCCUACUCCGGCGUCGCGCUUCUGCCCCAAUCCCUAGUCGGCAUUCCCGGCGCCGCUAUAUCAGCAAUCGCUCUCUCGCGCUGGGGAAAAUACCGACCCUUACAUUUCGCCGGAUUUGCGGUCUUUACUCUCGGCAUCGGUCUAUUCGCCUACUUGGACGAAAACUCCUCAAGAGCGGAAUGGGGCGUGUUUCAGUCGGUCGCAGCGCUUGGAGCGGGCAUGGUGCUCAACACCCAGUUACCGGCUUUCCAAGCACCUGCGCCCGAAUCGGACCAGGCGGCCGCCACGGCGACUUGGUGCUUCAUACGCACGUUUGGUAAUGUGUGGGGUGUUGCUAUCCCUAGUGUUAUCUUCAAUAAUCGCAUCAAUGAGCUAUUACCACGGGUCUCUGAUUUAGGGGUGCGCGAGCUCCUAUCCAACGGCGAUGCGUACCAGUACGGCUCGGCAAGUUUCGUGGAGUCAUUUCCUCAGCCGCUACAAGGCGAGGUCAUUAGCGUGUACCGGGAUGCGCUAAAGCUGGUCUUCGAGGUAGCUGUCGCAUUUGGUGGCCUUGCGGCGUUGCUGGUUUUCAUCGAGAAGGAGAUUCCGCUGCGAACUGAGCUAGAGACGGAGUACGGAAUGAAAGAACCAUCGAAAACGGCGCCGGAUGUCGAAAAAUAACGUUAGGAAAACUUCUUCAGAAAGCUAAUCUAACUAAGAACAAGGUUACGGUAUAAGAUAUAGAUAAUGGAUAUGAUUGAAGGGGCAAGGGAGCGAUGGCAGAUUAGCGAAGUAAUGGAGGUGGAUUAUUGUGUUUGGCUAUAGG